AUCCUCAACAGCAGUUGCUCACUCGGAUGCAGAGGGUCAGUAGCGAUCUCUCCAAGGAGAGCAAGGCGGCAUCCCGGAGUCCCAGUGCGGCCCACACCCCACAGAACCAGGGGUCUUCGCCACAGGUGGGACCAUGCAAAGACAGUUUACCAACAGCAUGUGGUACUGGGUUCCAGAUGAAGAUGGACGCCCAGGGCUUCACCCCUGAGGAGCUGAUGGUGCAAGUGGAUGGCCAGUGGCUGAUGGUGACUGGUCAGCGGCAAGUGGAGGGCUGCAGCUCAGACGGGGGUGGCUAUUUCCUGCAGCAGAAGGUUCAGCGGCAGAUGCCGCUGCCACCAGACCUGGAUCCAACUGCCAUGACUUGCAGCAUGACCCCCUCCGGCUACCUGUGCAUUCAAGGCCAGUGUCAGGCAACUACCUUGCCCGCAAGCCCAGACUCCUCAAGGACUGUCCUCAAGACGUAGGAGCAAGUGCUCUAAAAAGUGAAACCAGCCAAACCCAGUAAAUUAACCUGACCCAGUAAACAACCAUAGUGUGAAGCAGCA